CGAAGUCUGCGGUUAAAAGCAAGAACGAACGAUGGAUUUCGACCUUGAAUCUUUGGUGAAUGUCGAGCAAACAUUCUACGAUGACGGGUAUAAAGACGGAUAUGAUCAUGGACGUAUCCAUGGCCUGAUCGAAGGUCGCGCUCUCGGAAGGGAGAAGGGAUUCGAAAUGUGGGAGGAAGUCGGAUUUUACGAGGGCUUUGCGCUCAUGUGGUCCGCGAUCUGCGAGAAACGGGCUACAAAGGAAGAUACCCGUAUUGUGCACCACACGAAGCAGCUCCUGGAUCUUACUGCUCAAUUUCCGAAAGUGAAUCCUUCAUCUGCAACGAGCUCGGAUCUCGACAUCCCGAGACUCUUCCGCCAAAUUCGCUCGCGGUAUAAGGUUUUGUGCGCCGCGCUAGGUAUACGUCCUACUCUCAAAGCCGGUGGUACCUGGUCACCGCCCGAUGAAAACGAGCAGGAAGUCGCGUCCGGUGACCCCGGUCCUCGUGAAGAGAGAAAGAAGGUUUGGUUGAUUGACCCUUCGCGCUCCGGACGACAGGGUGGGGACGAUCUUAGCUUUUGAGGCAAAGCUCUUCAAGAAUCACGGUCCUCUAUUGCUAGACCAUAUGUCUUGGCUUUUGGCAUCAGCCUUAUUUGCUUUUGGAACCUGCGAUUGUACGUUUGGAAAGUGAUGCUUGCCCGAUAAACUAGAUAUACGCCAUUCUGAUUCUUCGUGUAUAGGCUUCUUUCCGGCAUACUGAAUUGCGUGCCGAGCCGCUUUCCCCUGCAACCUCCUGCAGGCUGUGUUCAUUUCGGAUGGCCCCGUGCAAGUGUAUCGCACCCUGCCAUCGAUGAACACGAGUUUCUCUGAGCGUCGGGCCAGGGCAAACGUUCCUCUAUCCGGCUCUCCAGAGUCGUUCUCACAGGACAGGGAACGCAAUAGUAACCUACAUGAGGCAUGACAUCAUUUUUCCAUGCUCCAUGUAACUGAUCAAGAUCGGUGAACGUUUGAAACCUAGUAUUCAAAUCGGAUGUACCUUCUUCAUACGUCGAGUCCUUCCCACCUUCUUACCGGGAGGCAUCGCACAGCCUAUCAGUAGGUGCAAUAACCCGCUUCUUUGUC